AUGUCGGCUUCGAUUCCCUCUGACCGUCCCCUAAAGGAUGAUGACUCCUGCUCUACACAUUCUGAGGACUCGGACAUCAGCAAUGAAGAAGGAUGGGAGGACGUUGAGCCCGAUGAUGAGACCCAGCCGGUGGUUGGCCUAUUCUCUGAGAAAGUCUAUCCCGAUGUGCUUUCUAUGCUACAGGAGACCAAAGACAAGUAUAACUUCGACCUGCGAAGGACACAAAAAGAGCUUGAUCUGGAUUUCCUGGGUACUAUCAAGUUGGUGAACUACAUUCGCUCUCAAGUCAAAGCUGGAAAUCUGUCUCCUGACGUGUCUUCCAAAUCCAACUUCGAAGACGAGGUCUAUCUGAAGCCUGUGCUCGAGGAUGAUGCUCUCCUGUAUAGCUUGGAUGACAUCGAAGACCAAGACUCGGAGGUUCCCGGUGGUACUGAAGCAGAGAGACGCGUAACUGAACUCCAAGAAGACUUGGAACGCCUGCAGAGCCAGUUCUCUGAGUACAGGAUUGCCGUCCAGAAGUCGUUGGAGGAGCAGUUGUCAAAGGAGGAUGAAAAACUUACUUCGUCUGCUUCCUCGACCCAACGAUCUGCCAGCAAGGCUGAAGCAAUUGAUUCAGACUACUUCUCAUCCUAUUCUUACAAUGGCAUUCACGAAUCUAUGCUGAAAGACGCUAUUCGUACCGAUGGUUACCGCGACUUUAUUUAUCAGAACAAGCAUCUGUUCAAGGACAAGGUUGUUCUGGAUGUUGGAUGUGGCACAGGAAUCUUGUCAAUGUUCUGCGCCAAAGCAGGUGCCCGGAAAGUCAUUUCGGUGGACAACUCGAACAUCAUCGAUAGGGCAAAGGAGAUCAUUCAUGAGAAUGGCUUUGGGGAUGUGAUUACGUGCAUCCGUGGCAAGAUUGAAGAAGUCACUUUGCCGGUUCCACAGGUCGAUAUUAUCGUAUCCGAAUGGAUGGGUUAUUGUCUUCUGUUUGAAGCCAUGUUUGAUUCUGUCAUCUAUGCCAGGGAUCGUUAUCUGGCACCCGGAGGAUUGAUGGUUCCGUCGCAUGCCACGCUGCGUAUUGCUCCCUUUGCCGACCCUGACUUCAUUGCUUCCCAUAUCUCCUUUUGGAAUGAUGUCUACGGUUUCAACAUGCGGAGCAUGCUCACGGGUAUCUACGAUGAAGCGCUCGUCCGUAGCGUGCAACCAUCAACUAUCCCCGGAGACUCGUCCGUCUUUUUACCACUCCCACUGCAUACAAUCACUGUCGAUGAAUUGUCUUUCUUGAAGGAGUUCCAGGUUACCUUGAAGGAGGACAUUGACUCGCUUGAUGGCUGGGCUAUCUGGUUUGACAUAUUCUUUAUGCCGUCCAGGGAUUCCCCUAUUUCAGACAAUGCCAUCCCUUCGGAGAUGCAAAAGAAGGGCUUCGUUGCUUUCACUACCGGCCCUGAUGGCCCAGAAACUCAUUGGCAACAAGGUGUCCUCCUCAUCGACCACGGGAAGAAGGAGGCCCUUCCUUUGAAGAAAGGCCAGACGAUUACAGGAAAAGUUGGCUACCAAAAGAAAUCAAAGGAAUCACGGUCUCUGGACAUCUCCAUCGAAUGGAAUGUUCAAGAGGGCGCAAAGGGCGUUCAGGAAUGGAGUUUGCAGUGA